AAGCAGUCUAACCCAUCUCACUGCUUUCAGUUGAGUUGUUUCUGUCUUCUCUUCUGUUGCCGGCGCCUGCGAGGAGACGGACGGAAGGAAGAUGAAGAGCUUGCUGUCGGAGGAAAGCACCUUCAUCAUCGAGAGCGACGACGACGAGGAGGAUCCCGCCGGCCUCCAGGACGCCGGCCUCAACGAAGACGGCAACGGCGACGGCGACGGCUCCUCCUCCGACUCCUCGUCCUGCGCCACCCCUCGCUGCGACAGCCGCCCGGGCUCCUACACCCAGCAAUGGCCGCAGAGCUACAGGCAAUCAAUUGACAUUUAUAGUAGCGUGCAGUCGCCCAAUCUGAGUUUUUUGGGGACCCCAACUCUAAGCAGACUGUCCAACUCUUUCCUCACAAACUCUUUUCGAGGCAAAACCCCUGAAAUCAUCUCUAAUCUUGUCAAGCCACUUCUGCGCCCAACUACAAGUGAUGAGCAACAGCAACCACAACAACAACAGCAGCAGCAUGAAGAUAUCCGUAAGAGUUCUCAGUACCUUCUGCCAUCAAGAAAACCAUCCCUGCAACAGAUCCCUGAGGAUCAAAAGCCACUCGUGGUUGGUCAUGAGGUUUCUCCCUAUCAACAAUGCUCUUACACCCAGGGAGCGAUGAAUGGAAUAAAUGUUCUAUGUGGUGUUGGAAUCCUAUCAACACCUUAUGCCAUUAAGCAAGGGGGCUGGCUCGGACUGGUUAUACUUGUUUUAUUUGCUUUGCUCGCAUGGUACACUGGUGUACUACUACGCCGUUGCCUAGACAGCAAGGAGGGCCUUCAGACAUACCCGGACAUUGGUCAUGCUGCCUUUGGCACCACUGGUCGUAUAGCGAUCUCGGUAAUCCUGUACAUCGAACUCUAUGCCUGUUGCAUCGAGUACUUGAUAUUGGAAAGCGACAAUUUAUCAAAGUUAUUUCCCAAUGUACACCUAACCAUUGGGAGCUUGACACUAAACUCACAUGUAUUCUUUGCAAUCUUGACCACCAUCAUUGUCAUGCCAACUACUUGGCUCCGUGACCUUACCUGUCUGAGCUAUAUUUCAGUUGGAGGUGUCAUUGCAUCGAUCCUUGUUGUGAUCUGCCUAUUCUGGAUUGGGGUUGUUGAUCAUGUCGGCUUUGAGAACAAAGGGGCUACGUUAAACCUCCCAGGAAUUCCUAUUGCAAUUGGAUUGUAUGGUUAUUGUUAUUCAGGGCAUGGGGUGUUCCCAAACAUCUAUUCUUCUCUGAAGAAUCGAAACCAGUUCCCUUCCAUUCUUUUCACUUGCAUUGCGUUCUCUACCAUUUUGUUUGCUGCCGCUGCUGUGAUGGGAUAUAAAAUGUUUGGUGAAUCCACAGAGUCUCAGUUCACACUCAACUUGCCAGAGAAUCUGCUGGUUUCCAAGAUUGCCGUUUGGGCUACGGUGGCAAAUCCAAUAACCAAAUAUGCGUUAACUAUAACCCCACUGGCUAUGAGUUUGGAGGAGUUGCUGCCGCGAAGUCAGCAGAAGUACUCAAACAUAAUCAUGCUAAGAUCAGCGCUGGUCGCCUCAACCCUGCUUAUUGCUCUGUCGGUUCCCUUCUUUGCACUUGUAAUGUCUCUGAUUGGUUCACUACUCGCCAUGCUUGUGACCUACAUUCUACCUUGUGCCUGCUUUUUGGCCAUCCUUAAGACAAAAGUGACUUGGUAUCAGAUUACAGCUUGCUCAUUCAUCAUCAUCGUAGGGGUUUCUUGCGCCUGCGUGGGGACAUACUCAUCACUCUCCGGGAUUAUCCAGAACUACACCUAGGUCCUUUUCCUACCUGUCCUGCAUACAUAAUAGAGAUUGUUGGGUCGACUGCAUUAUUAUUGUACAUGUAAUUAAGCUUAUGUAUCAGCAAAGCAUAUCAAUUUUGCCUAGAAAUUCAGUCAAACACAUGGAUGAAUGGUGUAAUGGAAUUUGUGUUAUUGUUAAAUUUGUAGCAACUUGAUGCUUGCAUGAUAUGAUCGGAUGGAUCUGAUGGUGAGUAUUAAUUCAGUUCUGAACUUGAAUUCCUCCCUCAA